CUGAUACUAUUAAGUGGAAGGAUAGAGAUAAUAUUCUUCUUCAAAUAAAUACAAAACGAACAGAAGACAAGCCAUUACCACCUAUAAUAAUCCGAGUACAAUAUGAUUCUAUAUUAUUUAAAACGAAAAACUAUUCAAAAAUCUUACAAGAAUUAUAUAAUGAAACACUAGGAAUAUUAGGGAUACAGAAGCCA